GUCUGCCCACACCGUCAACCUCCCCGCCUGUCCUGCCAAACUCAACCUGCCCACCACUUCCAAACCCAACUCUUCACCAUCAUAUCCAACCCAACCACAACCACACCGCCGACAAAAUGUCUUUCCACGGCUCCGCCACCAGCAUCCGCGUCGAGGACCGCUCGACCCUCAAGGCCAUGCUCAGCAACCCCGACGGGGAGGAGAUCCACUGCGAGAUUGACCUGAACAGCUGCAUUGGCAACAACAACGGCUGCUUCGAGUGGGGUGGCGAAAACUUUGCCUACACCGCCCACCCCGACGAGCCCAUCACCUUCAACCUUGAGGGUGACGACCAGGUCCCCGUCCUCCGCGCCUGCCUCCAGGACAACGAGGGCAACUACCACUGGCGCGACAUCAACCUGGCCGAGCGCAUCGGCAACAACGGCGGCGAGUUCUGCUUCAACUAAGUUUAAAACCUGCCGCAACACUAAGCUCGAUCUUUUUUCUUUUGGAGUCGCACGAGAGCAAGCACGGGUGCGGGCCGGGCUUUGAGACAUGGGACUGAGCACGACUCGGGAUGCCGGUAGUCCUGGGUGCCUUAAAGUUUCGAGCCCCAUACUUCUCUGCCGUCCUUGAUGAUUUUUUUUUUGGGCGAUUUCUCUCAUAGUCCCUCCAGAAUGGGAUCCGAGGUAGAUGCAAUUGA